GGAAGUGCGGGAAAAUGCGACGCGAGGCUUUCCCGCGAUUGCCAGGAAAUCCGCCGAAUACCGCGAGCGCUAAAGAGAGAAAGAGAGAAAGAGUGAGAUAGAGAAUGAGAAGAUCUCAGAAUUCGAAAAUAACCGCAAACGAGGGAAGAGACAAGAGGGCACAGAACGAAUUCGUCGGUUCCGGGUAAAGGAGGGGAGUUUCCCUGACGAUGGGUGUCUUCUGCUGCUCUCCGGUGCUUUCGCUUUUCCGCGAGUCCAGUGUGUUUCGCCAACCGAGAAACCCGCGUACUCCACGUAUAUUAACGCGAAGUAAUUGGAGACAAGAUUAAUUACACCAAACAUGGCCACCCAAAAAAGAUUCGUGAACAAACAGUUCAAUUCUCCUAUCAAUUUAUAUUCACCACAAGCGAUACAAGAAACUCUGGAUAAACAGACUCAAGUGUUGGCCAACGGUGCUGUCGGAAUCGACUUCACCCAGUUGGCCAAGCCAGCGAACCUGCAGAACAGCGCAGUUCUACGUAUGCUUGAAGAAGAAGAAGCGAGACAGCGCGGUGGUCAGCCUAAUCUUAAGCGAGUAGCUUGGCCGCCACCUCCAGAGGAUCAAGACUACGAUUACGUGGAGCAAGCUCCCGUUCAGGCGAAGACCCGUGGAUACGGUGAUCCCGGCUCCUUCCAGAGCAGCCCUUCCUCGUCAGGUCCAUCACCCCAACCAUCCUCGACGGUCGCACGGUCAUCAACACAGAGCGCUGUUCCGUCGUCCCCGUCGCCGGUUAGUCCUAGCGGCACGCUCCUGCGACAGCCCUCGCACUUCCAGCAACAACAGACAGCUGCUACAUCCUGGGCGCCGGUGACACCUCCGGCGACCUCGCCGCUGUUGCAACAGCAGCCUCCAUUUCCGAGACAGAAGCAACAGCAGCAACAGGUUCAGUCUUGGCAGCAACACCCUCAGGAUCCAUACGACCGGGCACCGCAGAGACUACCGAAUCAACCGCUUUCUGCGGCGUUCGAAGCACCACCUUCCACUAUCGUUCUGCGUCCUGAGCCGCCUAUUUCACAGACACCUGCACCGGUGUACCAAGCUCAACCAGCAGCGACCAAGGCUCCCGCGACAGGCAACAUGCGAGGUGAUCUAAAGUGGCCGCCGGCCAACGUAAAGGCCCAGGUUGAGGCAGAAAAUCGCGCCAGAAUGGAUCUCGCUAAAGGUCCCGCUUUCAGGCCGCGUCGAGUGCAAAAGGACUACAGCGGUUUCUUCGCGCAACACGCCUUAAACAACUCGUAUCCGGGCUAUCGAGCUCCGCCAGGCACUCAAUAUUUCACCCCGGCUUACCACCAUUAGUGAAUAUUCCGAUUUCGCGAACAAAUGCACGAGGUACCGCCUCUGAGUCUCUCGCCGAGAGAAAUCGAAAUCAUCGAGAUGCUCAGGACGCUGUGCGCAGACUUCUCGAGAUCUGCAAAGAAUCGGAGAGGCACAUGGAGAAAGAUGUACACAUGAUAUUAUUUUAUAAAAAUUUUAAUAUUAUUGCAAUGAAUAGAAUUAUCCGCAAAAAAUUUCUCACGUAAUUCUUUUAUUGAAAACAAGUCUGUAGAUCGUGUUACUACUUUCACAGAAUGUGGUCCAGAAAAGAAGUCUUAAUUUUUUUUUUUUUUUCUUGUUUUCGCGUAUUGUCUUCAUGCACUUCUCAGGUUUUUCAGAGAGAUUUCGAAUUUCAACAAACUCGUUUACAUUUCAGAGACUGAAUGGUUGCCUUUUAUCUUUCAGGGUAACGUAAAUUAAUUACCAAAGUUUAUUUGAGAUGGCAUUCGGUUUAUUAUCAAUCUGGACAAUUGUCGUUCAGAAAUGUCCUUAUUUGUGAGCACUGCGUUCAUACAUCACACACACACAUACACAACACACGCACACACAAACAAUAAUACAAAAUAGAAAUAUAUUUACAUUUUUGCUUGUGUUAACGUAUCUCCAAGUUUGGGAAUUUCUGAUAAAAUGUAUUUUUUCAUUGUGAUAGAAUUAAAUGUCGUGAACAAUACAGAUUUAUAAAACUAACGCUUGCCAUUACAAAUCAUCAAGAGUGACAGAUCACAAAAAGGUGCUUAAAAGAUUUCGAGUGAUAGUGGCAGAUUGUACUUCUCUUUUUUGCGAAAACAGUCACGAUAUGGUAAAGUAACGACCAGCGAAUAUAAUAUACGAAAUAAACGAUCGAAUUAUAUGAAUGCAUAAUUGAUUGUAUAUUUAUCUACAUAUAAAUACCGAAGCGCAACGCAUUUUUUGUAACGCGAUUCGGCAACGGUCUGUCCGUUAUAACUAACCGACGAAUAAUUUUUAAUAAAUGUAAUAUAUAAUAUA